CCGAACACUUUUGCCAGUCCCUGCUCUCUGCCAUCAACAAGAGUCUGCACAACAGUCUCGGCUUCAAUGUGGGCUCUUCAGAGCCGCUCGACCAGCGUGCGAAGUCGCCACGCGGAGCGACAAUGCCCGCGCCUGACAACCAGAGGCGGUGCAGGAUGGCGAGCUCGCGUGGUCUCGCAUCCGCAUCCUGCCGGCACCGGUACGCAGGUCCCAACUUCGUCCGUCCUUGCCGCCGCAGCGACAGCCGCGCCGCCCGCCGAGGCUGCCCCCCAGCCGCCAGCACCCACAUCCUCAAUUUCCACCACCACCAUCACUCCAGCUGCGUCUCCCGGCGGUAGCAGCUCGGGCGCUGUGCCCUACAACUGGUUUGCCAACUGGGUCCCCAUCGUGCCCGUGUGCUAUCUGGAUCCGUCCCGCCCCACCCCUGUGACCAUCCUGGGCCAACCCCUGGUGCUGUGGCACCACAAGACAGAGGGCUGGAGGGUGAUGCGGGACAUGUGCCCACACCGCCUGGCGCCGCUGUCGGAGGGCCGUGUGGAGGAGGGCGGCACGCGGCUGGCCUGCGCCUACCAUGGCUGGGAGUUUGACGGAGACGGCCGCUGCACGCGUGUGCCGCAGCUGGCCGCCGACCCGCGCGCCCCCGCCACCGCCUGCGGCAGCCCGCGCUCCUGUGCGACCUCCUUCGCGUCCCGGGUGCACGACGGCGUACUGUGGGCCUGGCUGGAGACGGGGCCGGGAGCCGCCGCGGCCGCCGCCGCCACACCGCUGCCGCGGCUAUUGGAUCCAGACACGACGCCCAUCCUGGACUGGUCCAUGAACGAGCUGCCUAACGACUACAGCUUCUGGGUGGAGCAGGGCAUGGACCCCGCACACGCCAACUUCCUACACCACGGGCUGGGCGCCUUCCGCACCAAUGAGAGUGUGCCGAUGCGGGGCGGGAUGGUGCGCAACCAGGACAUAGACGUCAAGUCUGGCUGGAUGUGGCGGCACCGGGGCUAUGAGAUGAAGAAUGAGGACAUGGACGCGCAGCGCGAUUUCGAGCCGCCCUUUGCCAUCCGGGCCACCUACGACCAGCCCAACGGCAGCCGUACACAGAUCUGUACGAUGCAGGUGCCCGUGCGGCCCGGCGUGUGCCGCACCUUCUUCAAAAUGGGUGUGGGGAAGGCAUCUAAACCCACGCCUGGCUCGGCGCCGCCGGCGCCGCAGAGCCCGCCACAGGUGCCGGCUGCCGCCAGUGCCAGCGCUGCGACGAGCGCCGCCGCCGAACAAGCGACGGGUGAUGAAUACGCAGGAAAGAAGGAGAGGGAGGUGAAGAAGGAGACAAAGCGCGGAGGGAUAACCGACCUGCUCGGCAAGCUGCCGCACUGGCUGUUCAUGUCCCAGCUCAUCGCGGACCAGGACGUGGUCAUGAUGUGCAGGCAGGAGGAACUGAUGCGGCGCGAGGGCCUCACGCGGCGCGACUACUGGCUCAACAGCCGCAGUGACGAGGGCGUUGCGGCCAUCAACAAGUGGAUGAAGAUGGCAGGCUACCCGAACAGCCUGUGGGACAGCAACGAGCCCGCCGCCGCAGGCGGCAGCAGCACCAGGAGCAGUGCCGGCACUGCCGCAGCGGCGGCCGCGUCGGAUCCUGGCAGCAGCACGGGAGCAAAACACAACCACAGCCGGGCGGAGCAGCUGCUGAGCCGGGGCGGUGCUGCGGCGGCGCAGGUAGCGCCGCUGGGACAGACAUAUCGCGGCUGGCCGGCCGCCGGUGUCUCACUGGAGCAGAUGCUGUCGCGGCGGGAGCGGCACCUGCGCCACUGCGUGAUAUGCCAGCGGGGAGAGGUGCUUGUGAACCGCGUGUGCAUCGCGCUGACGGCAGCGGCGGCGCUGGUGGCGGCGGGCACGGUGGUGGCGGCGCUGGUGGGCGUGAUGGGCGGCGGCGGCAUGGCGGCGGUGGGCGGCUGGCGGGCGUUGGGGGCGGCGGCGGCGGGCGCGGUGGCCCUGGCGGUGGUGGCAAUCAAGGCUUGGGCGUUCAAGGAGGAGCGGUUCGAGUCAGGGCUGCCGCAGUGGGAGCAGAACGGCGGGUAUGCGAUGCUGAGAAUCAAGGGCUCCAAGGUCAAGGGCGGGAAGGGCCAGUACAAGAUCGAGAAGCCCAAGAAGUAAGGAGUGAUGCGGCGCCCGCCGGACAGCUGGGGGAUGGGGAGGGGUGAGGAGGUAGGGGAGGAGGCGGAGGGGAGGGGCCGGUUUUAACGGGAGUGCAGGAGCGUUUAGAGGAGGGUUGAGUUAUACGGUGUGUGCGAGUGAUGCCAAACUGUCAGGGAAAGGACAGUACGUGGUGCAUUGGCACCAGCAGGGAUUGGAUGAUCGCGCGCGUGUGCAAGCAUUACGUGUCAUCAGCAGGAGGCGCAGUUUUACACGUGAGGACGGGGGAGUAUGCUUCAUUCGUACAAUGACAUUUAGUUAUGGAGGCGCAUGGAGGCGCAUGACUGUGGAGCAGGACUGGCUCCUACCCGUGCGGUGCGCGUGUGGGGGUUAAAGCCAGGCCUUCCGAGGUCGCGACCUUCACCCGCCGGGAUUAUCUGAGGAGCUUGUGCCCAGUAGCAGGCGGUCAGCAGUGUGAAGCCAAGGCGGCGCUGAGUUUGUACUGGCGUAGCAGAUGUGUGCCGGGAGGGCGGAUUAGAUCGCCCGGGCCGCCCGGACAAAUGCUGACUUGUUCCUGGCUAGGAUGGAGGGGGCGCUAUGGCGCUGUAAGAGUCGCCACACAUAUGACAACUGGAUUGGGGGCCAAUACCGGUAACUCGUCUGUUCUUAACCCGAAUGUGCAACGCGAAUUGAUGAAUUCCUGCUGGG